UACAUUGUCAUGAAAAAAGCCCUGCUUACAAUCCUAUUUUCCUCAUUCCUGAAACCUCCUAACCUGGUUGACUUGUUGGAGUGCAUUUCAUGCAUUCUUAGUAGAUAGGCUGAGGGAAACGCCUAGUUCAGUCACAGCUAGAGGCUAGAAAGCAUGUAGGGAGUUCAUGAACGUUGCUCGUCUCCUCCUGCAGUCGCUGCUUGUGUAUAUAGCUGUACAGGAGAAGGAUCGCAAGCUGCUGGACACAGUAUGACCAUCCCGCCAGGAGAAAAUCUUACCGGUGUGCCAGAGCUCGUGACAGUGAGUUAAGGUGAAGCAAACAACUACUCACAAAAAUCUUUUCCUUGUGGAGGUGUGUGCUGACAAGUCAUCGAGGAGCUGCUCAUUAUUGAAAAUGGAGGAAACAAGGAAGCUCUCUCCAAAGCCAUGUAAAAGCAAAGAACCCGUGAAAACAGAAUGGGGGUCUCAGAGUGUCGUGUUUACAUAUUUCCAAGGGGAUAUUAACAGCGUGGUAGAUGAACAUUUUUCUAGAGCUCUAAGUGGUGCCAAGAACCCACAAGACCUGAGCAUGAAGCACAAGGGCGAGACUGUUGUCCUGAAGAACGUAGAUAGCAUGUCUCCCCAUCAAUGGAAUUUCUCUUCACAUUGCUCCAAACCAUAUCCUUCAUCUUCUGCUACAAGCAUGUCAAACUCUGGUCUGAAUUUUUCUGCUGCUGGUAUGGCAGGCCAGUACCAGCCAUCAGCUCUGCGGAGUCAUCCAACUCAACCUGCAGAUCUGUGGCCCUUCCCUUCGAUCGGUACUCCCGCUCUUACCAGUUCGGUGUAUCAUCAUGCCUUGCCUGACCUGCACGUGGUAGAUGAACCGAUCUCUGACAGGAAAUACGGUUCUCUUCUUGGUCUUCUGCAACAGGAAAGGUGCUUAACAUCCAUGCAAGAAUGUACCAUGAAGCAACACUCAAGUCCUGCUUGUAUGACUGGACCUACUGGAUUACAAAAUAUAAGUCAAAGUUCAGUUCCUGGGGGAGACAGGAAAGCAAGCGCUUACCAGGGCUCAGAAAAUCCCAGUGCAAGCCAUGCCACUGCAGGUAUUCAGAUUCAUGACAGAAGACGGGAUUUGUACUUCUAGCAACAGGAUGUUUCUACUUUAUUCUGACAGAGAAAGUUCUUGCCAUGAACUUUUAUUAUUUACAACUGUGAAUCAAGAAGAAAUGAACUGCAGCUAUGCCAUGCUUUUUCUUUCGGAUGGAAGAAUACACAUACUAUUUACUAUUUUAGGAAUGAAAAAUCUUUCUUUAUUCAGUAAAUAAUUUCUGAUGGUUGUGGUAUUGAAGGUA